ACCAAACAAGAGCUUGGCGAGAGCUACUCCGCGUGCCCUCUGGGAGGGGUUCUCUGUUAUAUAAACCCCAACCGGCCCCGGGCUCCAUUUGGGAACUGAGAAUCUACUGCUGAGCAGACAGCAAGACAUCACCCAACGGACAGAAAACAUGUUUAAAUUCAAUUUAUCAGAGGAAACAUCCAAGAUAGGCAACACUGCACAGGAUGCAGUUAAUUCAGCAGGGCAGGCUGUGCAGCACGUUCUGGAUCAAGCGACAGAAACUGGUCAGAAAGUUAUUGACGACACCUGCAAAACGGCGCAAGAUACUGGCGAAAAAGCCGUGCAAAAUGUCACAGGUCAGAUAACGGCGUGGGGUAAAAGCUUCGGCGAGAGCGGAGAGAAGAAGGAAGAAAAGAAGAACGUUUCAACCUAAAUGGGCAGGUCUUUCUUUUGGUUUGCCUGGUGCAUUUGAAACGAUCCAACUUAUCUUUUUAUGCAUUGGAAAUUAUCUUCCCAUGGCUACCCUAUUAGAUGUACUUUACACCUUCAUUGAAGGUUAAAUUAUAUAUUGCGCAAACUUUGUUGUUGUAUCAAAACAUUAAAAAAAAUUGUUUCAAAGUGAA